AUGCAUUGGAAAGCUGGUCUGCUCUCGCUGGCGCUGCCGGCCUACGCCGCUGUCCAUGAGUCCAUUGCCGCCAUUCCCGCCGGCUGGUCGCAGCUAGAGGUCUCCGACGAGUCCACCAUCCACCUCCAAGUGGCCGUGACACUCCAGAACCUCGACCAACUCGAGUCGAAACUUCUCUCCGUCUCCUCGCCCGACAGCGCAGACUACGGCAAGUACCUCGAGAAGGAGGACGUCGAUUCUCUCUUCGGCCCCGCCGACGACGACGUGAACAAGGUCAAGUCGUGGAUCGCUUCGGCCAACGCCGACAACGUCGAGUACAACGCGGGCGUCGUCAGCUUCACCACCACCAUCGCCAACGCCAACAAGCUCCUCAACACCAAGUUCGGGCUCUACAGCAAUGGCCAGACCUCCAAGGUCCGCACCACCGCUUACUCUGUCCCCGACGAGCUCGCCGACUCCAUCGACUUUGUCUCGCCCACUGUCAUGUUCGGCAGCACCAAGGCCUUCCGCGCCAUCCCCGAGCCAGUCGCUGCUCCCGAGCCCGAGCUCGUCGAGCGUCAGUUCAAGCACACUUGCCAGAAGAAGAUUCAGUUCCAGAACGAAACCUGGGACGUCAUCGGGCCCCAGUGCCUGAUGGAGGAGUACGGCACCACCGGCUACGAGGCCGACGCCAACUCCGGCAGCACCAUUGCUUUCGGCAGCUUCCUCAACCAAUCCGCCAGCAUGUCCGACGCCGCCAAGUAUCUCAAGAUCUGGGGCCUGCCCGAGCACAACUUCAAGAUCAACGCCCUCAUCAACGGCGGUGUCAACAACCAGUCUGCCCCUCAAGCAGAUCUCGGUGAGGCCAACUUGGACAGCCAGAAUAUCCUCGGUCUCGUAGGCCCUCUCCCCGUCGGUGAAUACAUCACCGGGGGCUCCCCACCCUUCGUCCCCGACCUCCUCACCCCCAAUGCAACGGAGAACCAGAACGAGCCUUACCUCCAAUACUACACCUACCUCCUCUCCCAGAAGAACGCCGACCUCCCCUACGUCAUCACCAACUCCUACGGUGACGAGGAGAACACCGUCCCGCCCAAGUACGCCGCGCGCGUGUGCAACCUGAUCGGCAUGAUGAGCAUGCGCGGCCGUACGAUCCUCGAGUCCAGCGGCGACCUCGGCACCGGCGCCGUCUGCCGCACCAACCAGGGCCCGAAGAAGGCGCAGUUCACCCCCAUCUUCCCCGCCACCUGCCCCUACCUGACCGCCGUCGGCGGCCUGCAAUUCUUCUUGCCCGUCGAGCACGCGUGGAACGGGUCGUCCGGCGGCUUCUCCAACUAUUUCGGCCGCCCGUCAUGGCAGAACGGCGCCGUCGAGGCGUACCUCAACACCUACAUCAGCAAGACGGCCUACGCCUACUACAAGGAGAACGACUACGCCAACUUCUCCGGCCGCGGCUUCCCCGACGUCUCCGCCCACUCCCUCUACCCGGAGUACAUGACCGUCAUCCAGGGCCAGCCGCAGCCGAACGGCGGCACCUCCGCCGCCUCGCCCGUCUUCGCCGCCAUCGUCGCCCUGCUCAACGACGCGCUCCUCCGCGCCGGCAAGCCAGCCCUCGGUUUCUUGAACCCCUGGCUCUACUCCAAGGGCGCCGCCGCCCUGACCGACAUCACCCGCGGCGGCUCCCUGGGCUGCGACGGCACGAACCUGCAAUCCGGCCUCAAGGUCCCCGGCUCGCCCGGCAUCAUCCCCUACGCCAGCUGGAACGCGACCAUCGGCUGGGACCCCGUGACGGGUCUGGGCGCGCCGGACUUUGUCAAGAUGAAGGCGCUCGCGCUCGGCGGGUCUGGCGGCUGGGGCUGGAACUCUACUUCUUCGUAG